AUGUCUUCUAUGGACAGUAGUCCUGGAGUAGUCCCACUGGGUGUCGAGUGGCCUCCUAAAGCCGAUCUUCGAAAGGACGUCUAUAAGCCCCUGCCCAUGAUUCCUCUGGGUACUAUUAAUCCCUCUGAAAUCAUCGGCGACGCUCCUACUAUCCAGGCCAAGGUUGUUAUAGACGCUUUCAAUAAUGCCUUGUUCGAUAACGAUGUCAAGAAGUUGGCUAGCUGCUUCUAUACCGAACAGUCCGUAGCUAUUAUCGGAUCAGCUAAUACUGCAUUCGAUAUCAUUCAGGACUGCCAUGCUGCAGGGUUAAGAACGACCAUGGUAGCUCGAUCACCAACUUACGUCUACCCGUACGAAUAUGUAGUGAAUCCGCACGGCUUUGGAGUGUACGACAACCUACCUCUCGAAGUAGCCGAUCGACUUAUGUAUACUUUACCUCCAACUCUUGACGGACAAUUCUCACACGGGCUGUUUUCUUACCUUGCCUCCCAAGAACCGGACCGCUAUCUCCCCCUGGCUAAAGCAGGGUUUCCGGUCCUUGACAGUAGGAACCCGUCAGUGGAUAUCCAAAAUAUCUUAGUCGAGCGUGGUGGUGGACAUUACGUCGAUGUAGGCGGCACGAAUCUUAUCUCUGAAGGCAAAGUUGCCGUACGUGGGCGUGUCGAGCCUGUAGGCUACACUGAAACUGGACUACGCCUUUCUGACGGCAGUGUCCUUGAUACCGAUGCAGUGAUUUGGUGUACGGGAUUCGCUGAUAAAGAUGUUCGUACAAUAGCAUUAGGAGUACUUGGUGAAGCGGAUCCUGAUAUGACUGAUGUUCUUGGCCCAAAGGAUAUCGUAGCGCGACUAGACGCCACAUGGGGUGUAGACGCCGAGGGAGAAGUUCGCGGGGUGUGGAAACGUCACUUACGUAUGCAGAAUUACUGGGUAAUGGGAGGCGUUAUCCAACAGCAGCGCUGGUGGUCUCGACCGAUGGCCCAGCAGAUCAAGUUGGCUUUAGAAGGAGAUUUACCAUCUGCUUACCGGGAUACGCCGGAGCCUAAUUGA